AUGGCAUUCUCAGCUCAGAGUGUAUUUGGUAACAUCUUCAGUGGGUUACUGAACGAUUUCAAGAAGAAAAACUUUUCGCUCUAUGGACAGUGGAUUAGUAUUCUUACAAUUUUCCUUUGCCUUGCUUUAGGUGUCGCAAAUAUAUUCCAUGCCAACUUGGUGAUUAUAUUCUCCAUCAUAUGUAUAGUUCAAGGAUUGGUUGUAGUGUUUGUUGAAAUUCCAUUUUUGUUGAGAAUUUGUCCAUUGACCGACACCUUCACUGGGUUCAUCCGUAACUUCGAUGAGAAUUGGCCCCGUUGUGGGUUUUACUUGUUGAUGGCUGUCAUUCAAUGGUUAUCAUUAACACUUAUGGUCACUAGUUUAAUUGUGGUUGCAAUCUUUUUCAGCAUAUCGAGUGCCUGUUAUGGGUUUGCUGCCUUAUCCAAGCAGGAGUAUCUUAAAUCCUCAAUCAAUGUUACCGGGUCUCCCGAUUCUGUAGAAGGUCAAAUUGGUGAACAUGUGGUCAGAAACGUUUUGUAA